ACACCACAGCAAGCAACCUGAUACUGAUCAGUGUGGGAAUACAGUUUGGUUGGUUAAUUGGAGGAAAAAUGGAAGAAGCUGGUGGGAGAAAAUGGAAGGGGAAGGCGAAGACGGAGGUAAGGGGACACAAAGCAGAGAAAGUAUGGCCACUCAUCGCCGACUUCACUGGCCUCAGCAAGUGGUUCCCUACUCCGACAUGCAUCCCGGUGGAAGGCGUCUCCGGCCAACCCGGCUGCGUUCGCUUCUGUGCCGGCUUCAAGACGCCGGUGGAUCAUCAAAAGGACAGACAGACAACGAAUUGGACGAAGCAGAAACUGCUGUCCAUUGACCACACGAACAAGACCUUAAAGUAUACGAUCACAGAGAGCAACGUGGGAUUCUACUCGUACGUAGCCACAUGGAGAGUGAAGGAUUGUGGAGAAGGAAGUGAAGUUGAGUGGGAAUACGAAGUUAAGCCUGCGCAGGGAUGGACUCUGCAACAGUUGGAUUCCUUCGCUAGCUCUGGCAUGAAAGUGAUGGGUGAGAGGAUGGAGGCUGAUCUCACUGCUAUGGAACAAGCUCUUCAGGCUUCCAAUUGAAUUAAGCCUCCUUCGGUUUUAAAUUAAAGCUGAUCUUAUUGGCUGUUGCUGUGUGUGUGUGUUCGCAAGAGUUUAGCAGAAUAAUUUGGAAAUUACUAAUGAGUGUGAGUACGUUUGAGUUUCAGGUGGUGCUGUUGCUCUGUGUCGAUCAGUGUGAUAUCUUUUGUAGCCGUGUCUUCUUCUGCGCUCAUGUUUUACUUGGGAUCUUAGGAUCUAUAAUUGACAGUAAAUAAGAGGGAGAGGGAGUGGAAAAAGAGAACCAUGAAUGAGUUCAAUAUUUUGUUUCCUGGGCCUCUUUGCCUUUGCUUGAAAAAUCUCACAUUUUCAUGGCCAUAACAUUUUGCUUGAAUGCAAUAUUUGAAG